AUGAGCUGCUUAUCUACCAAAAGUGCCGUCGGCGACAAGCGCCGCUUCCCUUUGCGUGCCAUCGAGCGCUUUGGUAUCGCCGAACCUGAUGUGUCCGUCAAAUGCUGUCACGCUAUCGCUAUCAGCGGCGACAUGGACCAACUAAUGCGAUUCCUACCGACUGCCGUUAUGCGGACAUUCAAUCGGCAUCCGCGUCUGCGUGCAUUGGUUGUCCAGGACAAGAAGUUCAUGGGUGAAAUUCAACCACCCAUUUUACUGGACGACGUUGACGCCAAGAGACUUUUGCGGGUUCGUGAAAUCUCCGACUCACCGGAAGACGUUAAGGCCUGGACAAACUGGAAUGAGUUUGUGCAGACGGAGACUCACAUUCCGUUCGACCGCUUUACGCAGUUCAUGUUUUACCUCACGGUUUGGGUAAACAAGGCAGAGGGCAAAGCUCGAUUCUUUCUUUUCUCGGACCACGUCAUGUCGGACGGAGACUCGGGUCAAAUCUUCGUCAACGAUACACUGGAGGACAUCGCACUGCUUUCGAUUGAGGCAGCAAAGCCAGUGCACGAGCUUCCAUUGCGUAUGUCGCUCUAUGACAUGUGGUUCACGGGUCCCUGGUGGCUUAAGCCUCUGGCUAGGACCAUGCUGGCGCUCGUUGGCGGUUCGGCUUUCGUCAAGUUUAUGAAGGUGUUCAAACCCGUGCUAACCCCUCGCGAGGACCAGAAAGACUUUGGUGUCCCAUUUGAGCAGAACAGUACGACUCUGCUGAGCAAGGCGGGUAAUCCAUCCAAUAUGCGUGACACGAUGCGAAAGUGCAAAGAGGAGGGUGUCACGCUUGGAGGGGCUCUCAUUCCGAUGCUCGUACUAGCAUUCUACCACGCUAGCCGCGUUGAGCGCAAACUUAAGGGCGUUGAUGAGACCGACGGUCCGUUCCGCUUUGUGGCGGACAUGUGCUACAACAUGCGUCGACGUGUACCUCAGCCUGCUGAGGAGAGGCAGGUGGGUCUGUACGUGACCAACACCCCCCUCCAGUGGCUGGCUACUGAGGGCGUCAACAUGAAGACCGUAAAAUUCUGGGAUCUCGCUCGCACCUCAAAGAGGCAGAUGGAAGCUCAGAGUGAUAAGCUUCUGGAGAUGGCGUUACCGUGCUUUUUGAUGGAUCGCAAGCUCAUCAAGCCCAAGGUGGGCAAGUUGCUCGGUGACUUCAAGAUCCCGAGCUCGUGCACGGGUGACGCUACUAUUUCCAGCCUCGGACCCUAUCUCUACAAGCAAAAGCACAUCCUGGCCUCCAAUGGCGUGUUGGAAGUGAAGGACAUGUUCGCCUUCUGCGCUAUCCCAUUCGUGGCCACGUCAUCAACGAUUUGGCUUACGUCCGUCACCUCUUUCAACUAUUCGUUGGCUCACAAAGUGGAUGAGAAGGUUGGAAACGAGCUAUUCAAUGCUUACGUCAAGAUCUGCGAAAAUGCUAGCUGCAUUAACAAGGAGGACACGAUGGAGGAUGUGCUUAAGCGUCUUGUUAUUGAAGCUUAG